GGAGGCGGGACCUGCGGCCAGCCCUAGGCGGUCCGCUGGACAGAACUGGGAGGACCGGAGCCUGAACCCGAGCUUGAUCCUGAACCUGAGCACAAGUCUGCUGCAGAGUGGUCAGCAUGCUGUGCUUCCUGGCACCCCGGCUGCUUUGCCUCCAGGGCAGGACUGCCCGGUACUCCUCGGCAGCAGCCCUCCCAAGCCCCAUUCUGAACCCAGGCAUCUCCUACAACCAGCUGUUCAUCAACAAUGAAUGGCAAGAUGCAGUCAGCAAGAAGACUUUCCCCACGGUCAACCCUACCACCGGGGAGGUCAUCGGGCACGUGGCUGAAGGUGACCGGGCUGAUGUGGAUCUGGCCGUGAAAGCAGCCCGGGAGGCCUUCCGCCUGGGGUCCCCAUGGCGCCGGAUGGAUGCCUCUGAGCGGGGCCGGCUGCUGAACCGCCUGGCAGACCUAGUGGAGCGGGAUCGAGUCUACUUGGCCUCACUGGAGACCUUGGACAAUGGGAAGCCUUUCCAAGAGUCUUACGCCUUGGACUUGGAUGAGGUCAUCAAGGUGUAUCGGUACUUUGCCGGCUGGGCUGACAAGUGGCAUGGCAAGACGAUCCCCAUGGAUGGCGAGCAUUUCUGCUUCACCCGGCAUGAGCCCGUUGGUGUCUGUGGCCAGAUCAUCCCGUGGAACUUUCCCUUGGUAAUGCAGGGUUGGAAACUCGCCCCGGCGCUUGCCACAGGCAACACUGUGGUUAUGAAGGUGGCAGAGCAGACACCCCUCUCUGCCCUGUACUUGGCCUCCCUCAUCAAGGAGGCGGGCUUUCCCCCUGGGGUGGUGAACAUCAUCACAGGCUAUGGCCCAACAGCAGGUGCGGCCAUCGCGCAGCACAUGGAUGUUGACAAAGUUGCCUUCACCGGUUCCACCGAGGUAGGCCACCUGAUCCAGAAAGCAGCUGGUGAUUCCAACCUCAAGAGAGUCACCCUGGAGCUGGGCGGCAAGAGCCCCAGCAUCGUGCUGGCCGAUGCUGACAUGGAGCAUGCCGUAGAGCAGUGCCACGAAGCCCUGUUCUUCAACAUGGGCCAGUGCUGCUGUGCUGGCUCCCGGACCUUCGUGGAAGAAUCCAUCUACAAUGAGUUUCUUGAGAGAACCGUGGAGAAAGCAAAGCAGAGGAAAGUGGGGAACCCCUUUGAGCUGGACACCCAGCAGGGGCCUCAGGUGGACAAGGAGCAGUUUGAACGAGUCCUAGGCUACAUCCAACUUGGCCAGAAGGAGGGUGCAAAACUGCUCUGUGGCGGAGAGCGUUUUGGGGAGCGUGGUUUCUUCAUCAAGCCUACUGUCUUUGGUGGCGUGCAGGAUGACAUGAGGAUCGCCAAAGAAGAGAUCUUUGGGCCUGUGCAGCCCCUGUUCAAGUUCAAGAAGAUUGAGGAGGUGAUUGAGAGGGCCAACAACACUAGGUAUGGCCUGGCUGCAGCUGUGUUCACCCGGGACCUGGACAAGGCCAUGUACUUCACCCAGGCACUCCAGGCCGGGACCGUGUGGGUAAACACCUACAACAUCGUCACCUGCCACACACCAUUUGGAGGGUUUAAGGAAUCUGGAAAUGGGAGGGAGCUGGGUGAGGAUGGACUUAAGGCCUACACAGAGGUGAAGACAGUCACCAUCAAGGUUCCUCAGAAGAACUCAUAAGAGCAGCUGUCAGGGAGGCCCAGUCCCAGUCCAGCAGUUCCACAACCACCUUGACCAAUGCUUGCCAAACUCUUUUAAAGCCAAGAACACCCUUUAUUUGUUCCAAAUUAACUCUUAGAAGAAACCCCACAAAUAAAGCAAUUCAAUCAA